AUGGCAUGCAAGGCAAUUCAAGAUGUGAGUAAAUCAAGGGUAGAACGAGAUGCGGGAAUGGAUCAAAGAAUGAUCGCAUCUAGGGAACACAUUGAACAAAUGGAAAUGGAUGGCACUGAUACAGAAAUCAUAAUGUGUAUGAUGUUGUUGAUGAAAGCACGUGAUUCAUUAUACACUAGAGAGCCCAUACGAGAUAGUAAAUUGACAGGACCAGAGCGAGUGAGUGAGGUCCUAAACGGCCAUCUAGACAGAUGCUAUGAACAGUAUAAAAUGGAACGCCAUGUCUUCCUCAACCGUGAUGCAUUAAUGCGACAACAUGGUUGGUUGGAAGAUAGUCGAUAUUUAAGAAUGGAUGAGCAAUUGGCAAUGUUUAUAUCUAUCGUUGGUCACAAUGAUAGGUAUAGAGACAUAGCAGAACACUUUCAGCGUUCUCUUAACACUACAGGUGAACACUUUAAGAAAGUGUUACGUGCUUUCAUACUACUGGGACAAGAGAAUAUCAAACCUCCAAACUUCAGUUGUUGCCCUAAAAAGAUUCUUGAAAAACCAAAGCUCUAUCCUUUCUUCAAGGACUGCAUUGGUGCAAUUGAUGGCACUCAUGUUAGUGCUUCUGUACCUCUACCCAAACAAAUACCGUACAGAGGAAGGAAAGGAGAUACAAUGUGGAAUGUUAUGUGUGCAUGUGACUUUGACAUGAAAUUCACUUUUUUGUACGCUGGUUGGGAGGGUUCUGCAAAUGAUUGUCAAGUAUUCAAUGAGGCAUUGAAUAACCCUAAAUUUGAAUUUUCUCAUCCUCCACCUGGUAAAUAUUACGUGGUUGAUUCUUGUUAUCCAUCUACUACUGGGUUCUUGACGCUGUUCAAAGGACAAAGAUACCAUCUAAAUGGUUAUAGGAAUAGACGUCCAAGGACAGCAGUAGAGCUAUUUAAUAAUAGACACUCUUCUAUUAGGAAUGUCAUAGAGCGCAGUUUUGGUUCUUUGAAGAAACGUUUCCCAAUUCUCAGCAAAAUGCCAUAUUUUCCACUGAACACCCAAACAUGCAUUGUCAUUGCUUGUUCUGCACUUCACAACUUCAUUCAGGAGGAAGAAAUUGUCGUCCCGGACGAUGCCAUCCGGUUCAUCCUGAGUAAGAUGUCAGGCUACAAUCUGACAGACUAUGAGUAG